AUGGAUUCACACAUGUACCAUACGGAAAUUCCGGUAAUCGAAACCGAUGAGCCGCUAUUUGAUAUUCUUCCCAAACUGUCCAACUUCAUUAGCAUGGCCGUGGGUGAAAUGGCUUACACGUUUGAGCAAAUGCUGUAUGGAUCCCAAGGACACCGUCUUAGACAGCUGGUUCAUGCCUUGGCAGAAGAUACUCACAAUCCCUUCAUCAUUUUGGCAUUGAUGAUUCUGAAAUGGGACUUCACCACUGCCACCGAGGAUGACUGGGGACUUAAUGAGAGCCGUGGUGCAGCCUGUGAAUUUGUUGCCUGGCAAUUCCUGUGUCACUUGAACCAGCGCGAGACAAUUGAGUUUCUGUUAGAAGAGCUACCAAUACCGCGGCGCGAUUCGACAAAUAUCAUUGAUUCUGAAGCAGUUAACUCUAGCCUGGCAUCUAUCCAAGGUGAUACGAGCCAGGCGGAGAGUGAGGUCACUCCUCUCUUGCCUCACUCUUCCUUUUCUCGUCUUUUCGGCGGCAAGAGGACCACAGAGACUCAGUUAUUUGGAAGCUCACAAGAUACACACCGACACGAGGAAACAUAUGCCGCCCAAAGAUACUCCCGUUUUUUUGGAUUGAAUGCACUGGAGAUUGCAACGAUUGCCCAUGCAAAGAGAUUUCUAAGCCAACGAGUUGUUCAGAGGGUGGUCGAUGGUAUUUGGAAAGGUGAAAUCGUUUUCUGGGACUCACUGACAGUCAAUUCAACCAAGAAACCUCAAAUUUACAACACAGGAACGGCUGAUCCAUAUUCACGCUUGAGAGUACCUCUGUAUCGGAAAAUAUUUGAAGCAGCAUUCUUCAUGUCUUUCCUCUUUCUCUACUACGCAGUCUUAGUAGAGAGGAGACAAGAAGCCGUUGGCAUCUUCGAGGCUGUGAUGUAUGUGUGGAUCGUCGCUUUUGCGUACGAUGAAUUGAGUGGAAUCAUUGAUGCUGGCGUCGUUUUCUACCAAAUGGGUUUCUGGAGUCUUUGGAACCUGAGCAUAAUUGGUGUUGGGAUAGCAUUUGUCAUAACAAGGGUCAUCGGGCUAGCCAAGGGCGACAAACCCAUUAUUGAGCUCUCAUUCGACAUCCUAUCUCUUGAGGCUCUAUUUCUUGGAAUGAACAGGAUCUGCUCGCUUGUGAGCUUGAAUUCAUACUUCGGCAGUCUAGUUUUUCCCGGUGGUGGUAGUAUUGUAUAUUGGCUUAUUUUCGCCCUCAUGACCAAUACACUUAUUCUCUCAUCCUUGAUCAGUUUGAUGAGUAUGAGCCUUGAAGGGGUGAUGCGCCAUGCCCGAGAAGAAUACCUUUUCCAGUUGGCCAUUUAUGUCCUAGAAAGCAGCAAUUCCCGACGACUGACAUACUUUAUGCCACCCCUGAAUCUUAUUCCCCUCCUUUGUAUCCGCCCUAUGCGGCUUUUUCUCUCUGCCGGAACAGUUCGCCGCGUACGCAUUAUCUUGCUUCGAGCCACUCACCUCCCGUUUGUCGCAUUGAUAUGGGCAUACGAGUCUAAAUGGCGACAUUCGAGCCAGGGCACUCAACUUCCCCCAAUAUCGACAAGUCAAUGUACUUCUGCAAACCCGACUGAGUUCAGGUCUCAAGACCCACACGCCCCCUCCGUAAUUGAAACAAAUCGCCUAGGCCCUGGAAAAACGAGUGUGGAUCAACAAGACGCGCGUGAGCUAGACAUGGGGCAGGUCGGGCAAGUACAGUUUGCGGACCUGAUCGACACGAUAGAGCGACUACGAGCCCAAGUGGAGGCAAUUCAGCAAAAUUGA